ACAUGGCAUACUCGGGUGCAGUCGCAUGUGCACAAAGGGCAACAUGGCGGAAAAUUACAAAAAAUGGGUACAAUCUUUUAAGUUGUAUCUUCGCGCGUCUUCGUUGGACGAAGAAUCAGAUGCACGCAAAGUCGCGCUGUUCUUGCAUUCAAUUGGUGAGCGUGGCGUCGAGAUUUUUAAUUCUUUCGAGAAAGAUGAAGAAAAAAUCGCAUAUGCCGAUUUACUGAAGUUAUUCAACGACUAUUUCAUACCAAAGACCAACAUAACAUACGAAUGCCACAUAUUUUUCACGUACAAGCAGGGUGAAGAGGAAACUCUAGACGAGUUCGUCACAAAUUUACGAGCGAAAAGUCAAACGUGUAAAUUUGGAUCACUGCAAGAUACAUUGAUCAAAUCAAUGUUUAUAUGCAACAUGCAUUCAAAAUAUGCUUAUGUUCAAGAAAAACUGCUUGUGCAGGAUGACUUAAGCUUAGAUGGAGCAUUGCAAGUAGCCAAGGGCUUAGUCGCAGCCAAGAAGCAUGCGCAAACUAUGCAAGAGCCGAAUGUAUUAUACAUGGACAGGUCUAGGUCACGUACGCCAUCAAGAUACACGUCAUCGAGUCAACGUCCACAGCGUUCACAGUCACAACAGAGUCGACACAGGUCACAACAGUCAAGUCAGCAACGCCAAGCGCAGUCAAGUCAGCAACGUCAGUCAUCGUGUGGAAAAUGCGGUCAAGUUCACAGAUUCAAGUGUCCAGCUGUCAAUGUAGAAUGCCUGAAUUGUCACAAAAUAGGACAUUUCAAGAGAAUGUGCAGGUCAUCAGGCAAUCAUGUGCGCUAUGUAGAAAAAGCGGAAGAAUCUGAUGAUUUCUUUGUAGGACACAUCAAGAGAAACGCAGAUCCUGAAUCAGAUUGGAAAAUCAAGCUUACAAUAAAUGGUGUGGAUAUUAAUUGUCUUAUAGAUACCGGAAGUGGAGCGGAUGUAAUAAACAUCAAAGACUAUGACAGUCUCAACCUCAAGGCCAAGAUAGACAAGAGUCAGACAAGUCUUACUGCAUAUGGUAAACAUAAAAUUGACGUUUUAGGCGAGCAAACGCUUAUGUGUAAAUUGUCUGUCAACAAUAUGGUUGUCGUAAAGCCUAUAACAUUUCAAGUCGCAAAUGUUGAUUCACCUACUGUGUUAGGAAGAAUAACGUGUAGUCAACUGGGUCUAGUAAAACGGAUUUAUACCAUAGAACCUGAUGAACGUCAAGAUAAGUCAUGUCAAACAAAUUUGUUAGAAUCAGGUAAGUCUAAAGAAAACAACACGUCAAUGUCAGGUAGUCAAAUGUCACAGUCGAGUAGUCAAAACAGUCAAAAUAAAAUGUCUAUGUCUAACAAUAAGUCAAAAGUUGAAAUGUCAAAUUCACAGUCAAAUGAUAAGUUUAUACAAAAGUUACUGUCUGAUUAUAAUAAUGUUUUUGUCGGUCUAGGAUGUCUACCAGGUGAGUGUAACAUAACUGUUAAUCCAGAUGUCCCGCCAAGGAUUGAUGCGCCAAGGAAAGUGCCAUUUGCACUUUAUCCCAAACUUCAGCAGGAAUUGGACAAAAUGGAACAGAUGGAUGUCAUCGUGAAGGUCCAGGAACCAACUCAGUGGUCCAGAUGGAUUCGUUGGUAGACGCAACAGGCAGCACAUCUUACUACCAAAAUCAAGGUCAGUAUCACCAUCACCUAAGCAGGAAGUUCAACGUCAGGAAACUCCUAAGCCGGAAUCCCAACAAGAGAAGUCAGCUGAACAGGAAUCCCGAUCCCAGUACGCUUCAGCAACGAGUCAGGCUGAGGAUACACGUACACCGACUUCUGCAGCGACUGUAUAUUCCAAAUUUGGUCGUUUAAUUAAACCGCCUAGAAGGCUUGACUUAUAAUUUGACUGGUAAUUUAUUAAG